AUGACUAGAUCGAGUCGUUUUGGAAUCGGGUUAAGCCUCACCGAUGAGAAAAUAUGUCAAAAGUAUAAUAUUAUGCAAAUAGGGCGAACCUGCAAAAACACGAUACCGUGUCGUCGACGUCGAGCGCCGAGACUCUGCGGUAGCGCAGGCGGACACCGCGCCGCACGCCCUCCGGCCAACUCAUAUCGCGAGCGGCUGCCGACUGGCCCAGCGCCACUUGCGUCCGCUUACCUCGCGCUUAUCUCACCGCCGCCCAUAAAGACCCAGUAUCGAACAAUACAAACAAAUACUGCCACUGUGCCAUCAAUUCGCCUGAAGGCAUUUUGUUGGCGCGUCUGA